CCUGGAGCUCUUCGGCCGUGACUACCGUUACAGCGUGAUCCCCAACGUGCACGGCGAGAUCUGCGCUCACUACCCGCGGCACAUCGUCCUCCUGGAGCGCGACGCCGGCGCCGGCCGCGACCCAAUGGCAGCUGCAGGUAGUCUGCUCCACACUCUCACUGAUUCUGAAGCUUAGCAACUUUUAACUUCCAGCAUAAAGACUUACCGUGUUGGUAAUGUGUGAGCAUCCAGAGAUCAGCCAGUUCAUCUAGGCUCCUCUGCUGAGUUCCACUAUGGGAGAGGGCUAACUGGGAAUUCUUGCUAACCAUCUCAGGUUUGAGAGCACUGUGCAGGUUGGCAAACUGCAGGACCUUAUCAACCGAAGUAAGAUGGCGAGGUGUAGAGGACGAUUUGUUUGCCCGGUCAUCCUGUACAAGGGAAAGCAUAUUUGCAGAUCAGCAACGCUGGCCGGCUGGGGAGAGCUCUAUGGGCGCACUGGCUACAACUAUAUCUUCUCAGGAGGUUCUGAUGAUGCUUGGGCAGACGCAGAAGAUAUUUCAGAGGAAGAUUCUGCACUUAGAAAUGCAGACUCACAGCUGUUUGACAAGGUCAGAGGGCACGACAUCAAGCUGCUUCGAUACCUGUCUGUCCGAUAUAUCUGUGACCUGAUGGUGGAAAACAAGAAGGUGAAGUUUGGCUUGAAUGUGACAUCGUCUGAGAAGGUGGACAAAGCUCAACGUUAUGCUGAUUUCACGCUUCUCUCCAUCCCAUAUCCAGGCUGUGAAUUUUUUAAGGAGUACAAAGACCGGGAUUAUACAGCUGAAGGUCUCAUAUUUAACUGGAAACAGGAUUAUGUAGAUGCUCCAUUAAGUAUCCCAGUCUCUCUGACCCAAUCUCUGAAUAUUGAUUGGAGCGAGUACCAGAGCUGGGACCUUGUACAACAGACACAGAACUACCUGAAGCUGCUGAUCUCCAUCAUCAAUAGCGAUGAUGACAGCGGGCUCCUGGUGCACUGUAUAUCCGGCUGGGAUCGAACUCCUCUCUUCAUCUCCUUAUUGCGCCUCUCCUUAUGGGCUGAUGGGCUGAUCCACACGUCCCUGGAGCCCUCUGAGAUCCUCUACCUGACUGUGGCCUAUGACUGGUUUCUCUUUGGGCACAUGUUAGUCGAUCGACUCAGUAAAGGAGAAGAGAUUUUCUUUUUCUGCUUCAAUUUUCUGAAGCACAUCACCUCUGAGGAGUUCUCUGCUGUGAAGUCGCAGAGAAGGAAGAGUUUGCCACCUGGCUUCACCCUGGAAGAGAUCUGCAUGCUCAAGCAGAGAGACCGAGGCAGCACCACAAGUCUGAGCAGCGACUUCUCCCUGGGGAUGGAGAGUUCCCCUGGAGCAGCUGGGAGCUUCACGUAUGAAGCAGUGGAGCUGAUGCCGGCAGGAGCACAGGCUCAAGCAGCAUGGAGGAAGAGCUGUGCGUCGUCCCCACAAGCCGUGCUCUGGAGCAGGGCGCAGCAGUCUGAAGACAGGCUGCCUUCUGCAGGGAUAGUCGAGGUCAAGUCCUCCAGCUCCUCCUCCUCGACCCAUUCUGAUAACUUCCUGAGGAUUGGAAGCAGCCCGCUGGAAGUGCCCAGAUCCAGAUCGGCGGACCAUUCUUUGCCCGGAUCUUCCGUUUCCACAGACUUUGGCAGCUGGCAGAUGGUGACAGGGUGUGGCAGUAUUCGAGAGCAGGCAAUCCUGAGCGCAGACGCCUCUCUCCCUUGCAGCUUCCCGGAUGAGUUCCCUAGCACUUGCCUGUAAGUGUCUCAAACACAGGAUCUUUCCUUGGGUCUCUCAGCUGGCUGUGAGCGCUGAAACUUUAUCACCCUGGCACUUUCGAAGAAGCCUGGGAGCCCGUGACAAACUAUCCCAUCUUCCCCGCCUUGAUGCUUUCCAUCCACAAAUUCAGUCACUGAGCACUCUUUGCUUACGCUGAACUCGGAAAGAAACUGGCAUUUUUUCUGCCUAGUGACGGGGGGGGCUCUUUGCUUUUGGUAGGUAGAAGAGGCUUUUCUCUCUUCCCUGAAGACACUGAAUUUGGGCCUAACUGAGUGCGUUUGAGGAUGCGUGCUUGUCGGGACGGGAUUGGUAACCCAGAUUUUCUUGCUUUUGGAUCGUGCUCAUCUCCAUCUCCCUGCUGGGGUCAGAUCCUUACUGCAGUAAGAGAGGGGCUUUCUGUAACCACAGUUUUGUCUGAGCACACGCAGCAUCAUUUGCAGGUGCUGUGUCUGGCCAGUGCAGAACAGCAGAGACCCUGCGUCCUGCCCUGUCAAACGACUGGGAGGCAAAUGUUCCUCCCUAAUUAAAAAGCUACCUCUGUGAAAGCUUGAAAGACGGGAGACGGCGUUUUAAUUGCUGUUAGAAGAGAACCUUGGCUUGUGCCUUUAGGCUGCAAACUCUCAAUCAAGAAACUGAAAUGGCAGAUGAGGGGCUGCCGCUAGCUAGCUGUGUUAGAGUUGUGCUGCCAAACGUUUGUGGUCCCUUACUGAGAUCUGAGUAUGUGCUCUGGAGGCAAGAGGGUAAGCGUCGUGAAAAAUUACAUCUCCUGUGAGACAGGCUAGCUGCCCUGGCUCCCCUUCUCAUGUGGCUGCAUGCUGUGCUGCUGAGCAGAGCAGCUGCCCCCGAGUUACAGUGAAGCUACAACACCCGUGAAUUGGCAGAUCAAAAAAUCAUGAGAUGUAUUGGACGUGGCCUGUCCAGGAUUUACUCUCCUCCUUUCCUGAGGACACACUGAACUGCUCCUGCAGUUGUUUGGAGAUGGGUGAGGGAGCAGAAGGGACUGAAGAAUGGGCAUCUGAAUUAGUGACUGCUUUACUGUGCCCUGAACCUGGCUGUGCUAGGUGGCUACUGAUCUCCAGCGAGUUGUUGCUGCCCUUGGAGCUGGAUCUAACAUCAGAAUAGGGAAUUCAGUAGAGAAACACGAAUUGAAGUUGAGCUCUGAAUCUGCCUGUGCUGAGACUGCAAGCCCAUGUGGUUUGGAGUCUGGCUGCUGGGGACAGCCGGCUUCAAAGGGCGGGGAACAGUGGUGGUGCUUCCCCCUUGGUGUGCAGCAGAUGCUGCGAGUGCUCUGCCCUGUUCGGCUCUUCACUGGAGCUGUGGGCUGCUCGGGAGCUGGGGACCGCUCGACUGCGGGGGCCGGGAUCAGGCCCUGCGUGGAAGGGAUGAAGAGUUGCCAAGGGUGUUGUGUUGAGCUUAACCCAGGGCCUCCACACUCUCUCUCUGCUCUGCAUCAGCUCUGUUUGCUCAGGAGCCCAUUGUGGUUUUAUCCCAGUUUUUCGCAGCCCGGCACAGUAUGACUUUUUGGAAAAUUAAAUUUCAUUUAAGUUCCCACUUUACAUCUCAGCUGGCAGCAGCUUGAUGAAGGUACACUUUUCACAGCCUACUUCCUUGUGCUUGUGUGGGGCUUGUCAGGGCUUACUUCGAGCCUGGGCUUUGACAGCCUCCUCUCAUUCUGCACCCCAAGCUGCAGACGAGCGGGCAGGCUGUAGGAAGUGGAGCAGGGCAGAGUGCCGUGGAUUUGGCAGGGAAGCACGACCUGCCUCCUGCUUGAACUAUCCGCUCAGAGCAAAGCGGUGCAGCUGGUCUGCAGGGCUUGGGGUCGGGCAGUGGCCAACUCCUUGACCCUACACCUUGGAGCGUCUCACUCCGUGAAAGAAAUCUGAGAGCCUAAAUACAGAACUUGCCCUGUGGUGAGGUGCUUCAGCCAGAAGAUGCGGGACCUAACUGCUGCACGCCCUCGCUUACCUCUGCCUGUGACAUAAGAUCACUGUACUCGGGUGCAAGUAAGUCCUGCUUAUUUUUAAUGCUAGCAGGUUUGCGAGUUCCACGUCCUAAUUAGGCUGCCAUAAAGCAUCUUUUUAAUGUGUUUAGGUAUGUUGCCUUUUUCCUUUGCCCUCUGGCUUCUCUUUAUUAUCAGGCACUGUAAACAGCGGCCCGAUUGGCUGCCUCGGCAUCGCUUGCUGUUUAUAGGCCUCCCACCAUAUCCUCUUGCUGCUGUUUCCGGACCGAAGCUGUUGGCUGUGGGUGGUUAACACUUCCAUUCAAAUGAGCUGUGCCAAUUUAUAGCCAGCCCAGGCGCUGGAGAGAUUAAAGAGAAUUUUUUAUGGGGAAGGUUUGCGCUGUGCCCUUGGGGUGACCUUUGAGGAGUGUCUUAUUCUCUCUGGGAACCACCAGCACGUCUCAGAGGCGCUGCAGCAAGGACCGUUUGAGGCCAGAGCACUUGGAAGAACAGCCUCUGAACCCUAGGUCUUGCUUUCCCCUGCUCCCUCGCCUGAAAUACCGCCUUCCCUCUGCUCUUUUCCCUCCGCCCCUAACCAGCUGCGUGGAUCAGCUGGAGAGGAGAGCGAGUCCAGGGGGAAGCUGUGCCCUACUCUGCAGGCAGCCCUCCUGCUUGCACAGAGCAGCUGUGCUGGGGAGCAGAAGUAAAAUGCCGCUUGUCUCUCCUCUUUUCACAGCCAGAGUGCUCCUUGGGGCUUUUGUCACCUUGUCUGCCCCUUCUUAUUCCCCACAGAGGCUGGUGGAAGCGAGGGCCAGUCGCAGAUUAGGAUGGAAGCGACUGGCCAGGCUCUGUCUGGGAAGGCUGUGCCAGGAGGGGAGGGAGCUGGCGUGGGGGCUCACGUCAGCCAGCACCCCCUUGGCCAAA